CGGAGGCGCCCGCUCCGCCCGCCGCGCGAAAGUUUACGAAAGUGUAAGUGCACGUGCAAGUGUCAGUGCAAGUGUUAAAGUGUACACUUCAGAUAAGAAUUGCGGAGUGAAUUGUGAAAAAGAAAGUGAAGUGAGCCCAAAGAUUUUUCCGGCCCGUCCCAAAAUCAUGCGGAGAUGCGCAACAUAGGCGCGGGGCGAUGCGCGCGGCACGUGCGUUGCGCGCAACAUGCGGACGAUAAAUGAGAGCGCGUGCGCGGCGCUACUCGAGGGCGUCCGCUGGGAGGACCCCGUUAGCAUCGCCAGCCUGGCCGUGCUGGCGCUGAUAGACGUGCUCGUCGUCAUUGGCAACUGUCUGGUGAUAGCGGCUGUGCUGUGCUCGUCCAAACUGCGGUCUGUCACGAACCUGUUCAUCGUCUCGCUGGCUGUCGCGGACCUGCUCGUCGGCCUCGCGGUGCUGCCUUUCUCAGCAACGAGGGAGGUUUUCAAGGUGUGGAUAUUCGGCUCCAUCUGGUGUUCGGUAUGGCUGGCCGUGGACGUCUGGAUGUGUACCGCCUCCAUCCUCAACCUGUGCGCGAUAUCCCUGGACCGCUACGUCGCUGUCACCCGUCCAAUGAGCUACCCGAGUAUCAUGAGCAAGAAGCGAGCCAAGAUCCUCAUAGCUGGAGUAUGGGUUUUGAGCUUCGUGAUAUGCUUUCCGCCGCUAGUUGGGUGGAAGGAUUCGAAGCCAGAAGACGAACCCGAGAUCGAGCAUCCGCCUUGCCCGUGGAUGUGCGAACUGACCAACGACCCAGGCUACGUGGUCUACUCAGCGUGCGGCUCCUUCUACAUACCCAUGCUAGUCAUGCUGUUCUUCUACUGGCGGAUAUACAGAGCAGCGAGCAGCACGACGAAGGCGAUCAACCAGGGGUUUAGGACCACUAAGGGAGGAAAAGGUGUAGGCCUCGGCAACCGGUUCGACGACAACCGCCUCACGCUGCGCAUCCACCGCGGGCGGGGGUCGGGGGGUGGGAGGCCGCAUGGCUCCCCCCUCUCCAACGCCUCCAACCACUCGACCAGCACCUCGUUGAGUGCGUCGCCGGAGAGGAUACGAAGACAUUCCAGUUCGAGGCGCGCUCACGACAAAGUGAAGAUCUCCAUAUCGUACCCAUCGUCGGACCAGAUAUGCCCUCCUCACGAGAACUCCAGGUCGCCCAGCAGGUCUCCCAGCCCCUCACUCUAUGCUGUCCACUACGAGAGAGACGGGAGAGAGCUGACUGAGAGCAGACUUAAGUCGAAGUCUCAGCACUUAAGUCCGGGCAUCUACAAUGACUAUGACGAUAACCCGAACAGGACGAGGAAAAUGGGACGGAGGAAUAUUAAGGCUCAGGUGAAGAGGUUCCGCAUGGAGACGAAAGCCGCUAAGACCCUCGCCAUCAUCGUCGGCGGCUUCAUCUGCUGCUGGCUGCCCUUUUUCACCGUGUACGUGGUGAUGGGCUUCUGCGGGGACUGCGUCUACGAGAUCAUCUUCUCGAUUCUUUUCUGGCUGGGUUACUGCAACUCUGCAUUGAAUCCGCUCAUAUACGCGUUGUUCUCGAAAGAUUUUAGGUUCGCCUUCAAGCGUAUAAUCUGCAAAUUCCUCUGCGGCCGUCGCGCGGUGCGGCGGGAUUCAGAUGCGAACGCCGAAACCCGCCGGCUGAAAGCGCCGCACUCGCAGUCUCUGGAAGAACAGGACAGCAACCAUAGCUCUUCGAGCACUAAGAGGUGACGGCAAGCGAUGCGGCGGCAGAAUGCCCAAUUUGACGCGUCCGUCGCUUGUGUUUAGAUAUUGCAAGUAUUUAAAUCUCAAGACUACCUAAAUGUGUGUAAAUAAAUUAUUUACUGUUAUUUUCAGCCAUUAAGUUACAUAUUAUUAUCAAAAACGGAUGUCAGGAAUAUAGUGAAUGAACGGAACAGUUCUUUUUUGAAGAUUGCAGGCCUAUGACGUUAUUAAAAGACGACUUAGGCUAUCAAAAACUGAAAAAACUACUAUGAUUUAUAAUUUAACGAAUGCUCAGUACAUUCACUAUAACUGAAACUAGCCCUAUA